GUCAAAGGUAACGUUUGGUGAAAUCAAAUCAAAGUCAAACGAUUUAUAAGAAAACUUCGUCGCAUUGUUUUAGUUUUUACGCAUUUAAGAAAUAAUUGAAGAAAAUAUACAAAUUUUAAAUCAUAUCAAUAUAAAAUUGAUUGAAACAAAACCAAAAUGUCUGGUCGUAGUGCCGAACGUAUCAAAAAGCGCGCUAAAUCAAAAUCGCGAAGCGCUCGUGCUGGUGUAAACUUUCCAGUAGGGCGAAUACACAGAAUUCUUCGUAAGGGAAAUUAUGCAAAACGGAUUGGAUGUGGAUCUGCAGUAUAUUUGUCAGCGGCAUUGGAAUAUUUAGCAGCUGAAAUACUGGAAUUAGCUGGAAAAGCUGCAAGCGAUAAUGGCAAAUCUAGAAUUUUGCCACGUCACAUCCUCCUGGCAGUGAAAAAUGAUGAUGAGUUAAACAAAAUGUUGGAAGGAGUCACAAUAUCUCAAGGAGGUGUGAUACCAAGAAUCCAUCAACAGUUGCUACCCAAGAAAACUGCUAACAAAUCAAAAUCAUCAUCUGGCCCUUCGCAGGAAUACUAAAAAUAAGUUUAUUCACAGUUUUUCUUUUAAUUAUUCUAUAAGAGCGAUCCAUGUGUUGAAAAAGUUGUCUCUUAAUAGAACUCAUAAAAGAUGUAGUUUUUUAUGUCACAUGAGUUUAGAUGUUAAUGAGGAGAAUUAGAGGUGAUAUAACUUUGAUAUUUUAAUUGUUAAAUUUUUUUUAAGUUCAAACUCUAAU